GGUCUCAUACAUCACCAGUGUCAUGGAUAACCUCACUGAUGACCCUCUGGACUACAAUAAUUUCAGUCCUUGUUCCACUGACAGCUCCAAAGUCCUCGGGAAGCACUUCCUCAUGGCUGUUUUCCCUCUCAUCUUCGUCCUGGGCUUGAUCGGGAACAUCAUGGUGCUGUGGACGCUCAUUCAGUACGUACACCUUAAGACAAUGACAGACAUCUGCCUUUUCAAUUUAGCCAUUUCCGAUCUGAUAGUGGUCAUCUCCAUUCCCUUCUGGAUGUCCAUGCUCCUAGCAACACUUCCCAUUUCAGACGUCUGCGGAUUCAUGAAAGCGAUACACAUGAUUGGAUUCUACAGCAGCAUUUUAUUUGUGACCCUGAUGAGCGUAGACAGAUACCUGGCUGUGGUCCACGCGGUUUUUGCCAUGAAAGCUCGGACUCUUGUGUAUGGCACGAUGGCAAGUGCCGCCAUUUGGCUUGUGGCCAUUUGCGCCUCGCUUCCGGAGUUUGUCUUCGCCCGCAUGACCACAGAGAACGGCUCCGCUCGGUGUGAAAUGUCUUACCCAAUGCAUUCAGCAAAGACGUGGAAUCUGAUCCACAACAGCGAAGUGAACGUUCUGGGCCUCCUGAUCCCACUAGGUGUCAUGAUAUACUGUUACAUCAGGAUUGUCAUGGUGCUGAUGAAAUCCCGGAUACAGAGGAGAAACAAGGCCGUCAAGCUCGUCUUUAUGAUAGUUUUCAUCUUCAUCCUCUUCUGGGUGCCGUACAACAUUGCGUUUUUCUUCCACUCCCUGCAACAGUUUGGCUAUCUGAAUAGCUGUGAGGCCACACAAAAGCUCGUGGCCACCAUUGACGCUACCGAAAUGCUGGCGCUGACACACUGUUGUGUGAACCCUGUCAUUUAUGCCUUUGCUGGUGAGAAGUUCCGGAAUCACAUGAGCGUCAUGUUUAAUGGAUUCCGACUGUGCACGUUAGUGUGCAAAAGGACAAGGGGACACCUGGCAGCUUCGGAAACAGAGACAUCCAACACAAUAGUGUAACCCCCUGGAAAGCAUAAAUCGCAGUAGAUGGACGCAAGUAGGGUCCGACAAAAGAAGGCUGAAGGAGGCGAUAAUUAAAUUAAAAACAGCAAAAGCAGCAGCCACACAGAAGUGGUCCCUGAGUUAAAUGAGGACUUCAAAUCCCAGCAUGCCUUAGGGGAAUGUAUCAAAAGAGCAGCUCAAAGAGAAGACGUCAAUGACUUUCCAGAAGAGCUGAUUGGUGGAUGGUGGAAGCAACUCAACUGGAUGAUCUUUCACGAGUCCCUGGGGUGAUAAGAACUUUCAGAAAAUUUCAACAUUGAGAUCAACAGGUUUACCCGUCCUACCCACUUAAUUACUCCCAAGAUAACAUCAAGUCAAGCUUUGAAGGUGCCUAAAGUCGGACUGUCUUACCACACGGCUUGGUCACUUAUCGUCAAAAAAAGAAAAAAUUUGAACAUUUGUGCAAAAAUAUACCCUGGAGAAGUUUACGACUGUGUCCCCGUGUUCUUAAUGAACUCAUAUUAAAAAUCACCGCCUCGAUCCAAAAGACUAAUUCCCUUCAUAAUUUUACACACUUGUGGCUGGGUGCAGAAAUGACAACCAAGAAAUUGUGAGACACCAACCUGGUCUUCCCUUUUAUUUGUCCGAGGAUGAGAAAAAAAAAUCAAUAAAAAUAAAUAAAUAAAUAAGAAAUAAAAGAACGUAAAUAAAUAACUAAAAAAUGUUGGGGUGUGUCCCUUCAACGGGGAUUCGAGAUACCGUAUAUACUCGUGGAUACGUUCUCCCGCGGACUUGAUUUUACUGUAUAAUUUCCGGUAUUUAAUAAUGUCGGCCGUAUAAGUCGAAUGUGGAAAACUCACGCUAUUGGUCCAAGAGAUUAUGAUAUGCUAACACCCGCCCACCGGAGAGAGUAACCAUGGAGACCAUGGCCUUUGUUUUCUAUGCAUUGUGCCUACGUGACCACACAGUAAUACCCAAACUAUUCUGAAGUGACGUUUGCACUGAUUUGUGUUUUUUGUAUCUCACACCCUCACACACCUUUAUCGAAAGAGCAUCCCUUAUCUACAAUGGAGCGUUCAAUGAGAAGAAAAUAUGAAGCUGGUUUUAAAUUAAAAGUCGUUGAAGUGGUGAAAGAAAUUGGUAACUGAGCUGCUGCAACAAACUUCGAUGCGCCUGAGAAACUGGUGUGAGAUUGGAGGGGGCAAGAAGAUGUAACAAAAAAAAAAAAUUUAGCGUCGUAUUUUUGAACAGGCGUAUAAGUCGGGGUCUGAAUUUAUGAUCGAUUUUUUGCAUUUCAAGACCCGACUUAUAUAUGAGUAUAUACAGUAGACUUGAGGUGUCUGGCUUGAACCGAACGCCAUCAGGCCAAAAGUAACACCGCCUUCACUGGGCGGGUAGAGAAAGAAAGAGAGGAAAGUGUUAGCAGGCAGCGCCCCCCUCUCGGCACGGUGGGUUAUUACACACCUGAAGAGAUCCCACGAGGGAGGCACAUGCAUGAGUCGAUUCUAAAUCCUUUAAUCCUCUCUUCUAGCUCUCACCUCUCAGUCCACGGCCUGGUCGCUCUCCUCUGGACUUCUCCAUGCUCUGCUUUUAUUGCUUCUUUCCUUUGGAGCUCCAGGCCUCGGCCUCCACUGAUGGUACUGAACAUGUCUUCCUCCUUUUUAAUGAACAUUAAUGAAAGUGAAAUCUCCUUGACAUGAGUGUUAGGAACUCCUUUAUCUGGUAAUCCUUUUUAUACCCCAAUUCCUUCUCUCAGAAAAAACUCGCUUAUCCGCUGCUGUGGCGCUGUUCAUUUACUUACGGACUCGCCGCUUUCAAUACUUUUUGUACUUUCAAGUCGUGCCCAUCGUCUACACCAGGGGUGGGUAGCGUCAUCCCUGGAGGGCUGCAGGUUUUUGUUCCAGCCCAGUUUCUUAAUGAGGGGUCAGUUAUUGCUGACGAAGUUCUUAUUACUCAAGUGACGUUUUGAUGCUUCAUUCUAGUGGUCUCGCUUGUUAAGGUUCCCCCCACCCUUAAUUGCUUAUUUCCGUCUUAAACAGUUGCAUUCCCUUUUUUUUUUAAUGGCUAAUUAUUAGUAAUAAGAUGCAAAUGACA